AUGGAGGCGUGUCAGAAGAUUGAUCUUGAAUUCGAAGACGACGGUCUCAUCGACGACAAGACGUUUUCAGGAGGAUUGAUUACUGAAAAAGAAGGUGAUGAUGGUCUUAUUAGUGAGAUUGGCAACUUGCCGGAAUUGUGUGAAUCAGCGGAACCUCAACAAAACCAGAAAAACAGGAGAUAUAAUUUGCGUAAAAGUUUGGCUUGGGACAGUGCUUUCUUCACUAGUGCAGGAGUGCUAGAUGCGGAAGAAUUGUCAACCAUAAUGACAGGAGCAGAUAAGGGAGAGAAACAUGUGUUACCAGGAAUUGAAGAGGAAAUUACGAGGUCGACUGAGUCACUUUCUACUCUUGGAAGUGAUACUUUGACGAUGGAAACUAUUGAGGAAGACUUGUUUGUGGACAUCAGAGCUUCCAUUCAAAGAUCUAGUAAGAAGGCAUUGAAUUUGAGAAUGUCAAACAGUGAGGCAUCUGCUGUGAGGAUAGAUAGCACAGCCAUUUCAUCAAUGAAGAAGGAAGACAAUAUCUCCCAAAAUACGAACCAAAAACCUGGUGUAAAGAAAACCAGUAGCCUGCCAACUGUUAGGAUGUCUAAAUGUCAGGCAAAACAAAAUAUUGGAAAGUUAGAAACAGGGAAAGCAACCAAGCAGGAUUCUGUUCACUCACAGAGGCCUAUGGCUAAGAUUGGAGGGACAAGUUCCUUAAUUUUUCCUAAACCACCCAAGACUAUCAGCAGCUUCAUCCCCUCAUAUGCAGCAGCAGGAAAGCGGGAUUCUGUAGGAACUGGUCGUGCCAAAAGUGGAAUCUCAAAUCCUGCAAUCCUUCCCGGUAAAGGGACUCAACCACCAAAAGUAUCCUCCUUAGGUGGUGCUAGAAGGGCGUUGCCUAAGCCUGCAUCAUCAUCAUCAAGUAGUUCUUUGCUGCCUUCUUCAACUCCAUAUUCUGUGCAGUCCAGAAGGUCCUCCACCUCAAGUGACAGUUCAAGUAACAUCUCAUCAAAAAUAAAUCCAGUCAAAUCUAAUCUAAUGCCGGCGAGAAGGAAUAUAGGUAAAACCAGCAACAUCGGUACCGGUCCUCCGGCAUCAUCGUCAUCAUCAUCAUUAUCCAAGAUUGCCAUCCCUAAUAAAACUCCUUCAAGAGCUACUCCGAAGACCAAAUUGCCAUCAACAUUAUCCAAGAUUUCCUCGAAUGUAUCUCCAGCUCGUUCGAUUAGCGAGUGGUCUUCGGCAUCAUCGUCAUCAUCAUCUUCAAUGGUCAGCCAUAAGUUCAGUAACUCCGCAAACAGUAUAGAUACCAGUUCUUGUAGGUCUGCAGAUGGCGAUGUGAUUCCUUUGGAUCCAACGAAUCCUUCAGUGGGUCAAACUUCUGACGGGCCUAAAUAUCAGGAGGUUAUUUUAACAAGUGAAAACUCAAAGAGGCCGACAGCACAAACUGGCGGCAAACUUCAUGCUCCAGGAAAACCGUCAGGAUUGCGAAUGCCAGCCCAUAAAUUUGGAUUUUUUGACGGGGUGAAGUCAUCUGUUAACUCUCCUAAUAGGCAUCAACGGUCUCCAUCUGCACCAUCUGCAGCGCAGAACAAGUCCCCCAGGAAUGGACCUUCUUCUCUACACAUUCCAGUGAGAAGCUCUAUCAGCAAACCGAAGACUGCUAAUGAUAAGGUCUCAACACCUAAAAUGGUUACUUUUCAAAAGCCCAUACAACCGACGUCCUCUAAUGAAGAAAAAUCAACGGACAUAAAAGAUUCUCCCAACUUGUUUGUUGGAGUUUCUAAAGUUAAUAUUGCAUCUGAAGGAACUUUUCAAGACCAAAAAAAUGCUGAGACUGAAGAUCGAGCUGAGCAAGUAUUUGGAAAUACAGGUGGGGUUAGUAGUAUCAAGGAGAGUUUAGAUGCUUUGAAAAUUGAAGGUGGUGAUGUGGCGGUUAAUGAAGCAUGCAGAGUGCCCUUAGCUCCCGUGAAUUCUUUCGUCAGCAGCGAAAAUGCUGAUGUGGUGAAAGAGUCAGUUGUCCAGGUUGUGGAUAAGACAGGGAUUAUCUUGCCUGCCCUUGAACAGAAAGAGAACUGCUAA